GAUAUAUAGAAGAGAGAGAGACACAUAAUCGUAUUCGUAGGAAUUGGGAUAUAGAAAGAAGAGAGAGAAAUACAAAGGUAGUUUGAAGAAAAAUAAACGAACCCUAGAGACCAGGAAAGAGAAAGAGAAAAACUUUGCUUGGAUUUCAAGCCCCCCCUUUUAGCAUUGCAUUUUUGGGAUCUCGAAUCUUCAGUCACCAAAGACGAAUCCAUCUCCAUUUCCAAUCUCAAUUCGUUCAAUCAGCUUGGAACCAUUGGCUCUUAGGUGUUGGUUCUGCUUCUAUGGCAAAUUCAAAAGGCUCAUCGAAUUAUAGGAAUUUGAUGUAUCCUGGAAAACAUGCCCUGCUUCCUCCUAAAAUCCCAUUUCCUAGUGCUUCUCAAGCAUAUGCUGAUUAUAUCCCAAAUGUUGCGGUUGGUUCUGGUCAGAAACCUAGAGAAGGAAACAUACAGCACCAUCGUACUUCGUCUGAGAGUCUUGUCAUAGAGGAGCAACCUUCAUGGCUUGAUGAUCUCCUUAAUGAGCCAGAGACACCAGUUCGAAGAGGCGUCCAUCGGCGCUCAUCGAGUGAUUCUUUUGCAUACGUAGACACACACAAUAUGUCUAACAUCACUUAUGGAGAUCAGGAUGAAUAUAAAUAUAAGAACUUAUUAUCUUUCCCAUCUUGGUCAUCUCAAGACUUUGAUCAUAACAAAGAUGCUCAUCAUAUACUCAUGCAUGCUGAGAUGAAUUCAGCAAAACAGAACAUUAGAUCAUGGGACUCAUUUUCAAAUAUUACAAAUCAUCCACCUGGUGUUCUCUCUGGCAAAGACAGUGUUGCUUUCCAGGGUUCGGGAUCACUAUGCCCCCCACCACAUGAAGCAGAGGGGCUUCCGUCAACUGCUAAUGAAAACCAUGAUGCAGCGGAAUCUGGCAUACAGGAUUCAAAAUCAUCUUCUGAGAAAAAGGAUGGUUCACAUGCAAAGUCGUCUGCUUCUGAAACAGAUACAAAACGUGCCAAACAGCAAUUUGCUCAGCGUUCACGGGUUCGUAAACUUCAAUAUAUAGCUGAGCUGGAAAGAAAUGUACAAGCUCUACAGGCAGAAGGGUGUGAAAUAUCAGCUGAACUGGAAUUUCUCAACCAGCAGAAUCUUAUACUGAGUAUGGAGAAUAAAGCACUCAAGCAUCGUUUAGAAAGUACAGCGCAGGAGCAGCUUAUCAAAUACUUGGAGCAGGAAGUGCUGGAAAGAGAGAUUGGAAGAUUACGCGCACUGUAUCAGCAGCAACAACAGCUCUCACACCAGCCACAACAACAACCGUCUGCUAGUCACAGACGCACCAACAGCAGAGACCUUGAGUCUCAGUUUACAAACCUUUCUCUCAAACACAAGGACAGCGGCUCAGGGCAUGACCCUGCAACUGGUGUGCUUAGAAUUUAAAUUUGCAGUGGCUGCAGCUUUGUUCUGUUUUGCCUAGAUUCAAAAGGUGUUGCACACAUGCAACAGAAUCAUCCCCUUAUUGGUGCGGGAUUGUGCAGAGAUUUUACACAGCAUAUGCCUUCUCUCUGCCCGCUUUGCAGAUUUAAGUUCUCUUGGUCUUCCCUUUUUCUCGCUUGUUUAAAUUAUUCCCAUUUAAUCUGUGCCUAGUGGUCAUCACCAAAAUCUUAGUUUCGGUCAGGUUUACCUGCCAGAGGUGGUAACGCAACAGUUUCAAAUCUAUCACCUUCACUAUAUUUUCAGUGAUAAUUGUGUAACUGUAUGCUCCCCUCUUAUAAAAUCUCCACUGCUGUGGAAUUUAGCCUAGUGCAAAUAGCAAAUAGCUGAUAUCUCCUUGCUGUUUGAUUGUGCAUUAUUUGUAUGGAUUAUGUUAAGCUAAUGUUGUGUAAUAUGUUCUUAUUGAUAUUUAUGAUCUUUCAACAUAUCUUGCUUGAUGCAUUGAGAUGUUGGAGAAGGGCAUUUUUCCAUUUUUACAUUUUUUAUUUCACAAUGUGGAAUUUAGGCAAUGCUUUGAAAAUUGUAAAUUGUAAGCAAAUGAUGAUGUACAAGCAAUUUUAGUACACAAAAUUGUAUAUAUUGAAUGGAUCGAAACUUUUUACCGAGUCUAGUAUUAAUCAUGAUUAAAAUUGGUAAGUUUUGCUCUCGGGUAUUCA